UCGGAAAUGUAUUUCACAACCCAAUUUUUAAUUAUUCAAUCUGCAUAUUUAAAAACACUGUUAAUGUAACCAUAGUAACUGGGAGUGUUUGCAAAUGGCUUCCCGGAAGGAGCAAAAGUGGAAAGCUAACCUCAAAAUAUAAGUUAAUAACAAUGUCUGAGGCAGAAAACACCUGUAGUGUGUCCUCAAGAGAAGAAGUCAGACAUUCAACAUCCGACAUGUUGACAACUGACAGUGACGACAUGUUUUUUCAGUGUCUGUAUGAGUUUAUGGAACACGAGAAACAGUUCCUGCAGUGUCCAGCAGAGGGCCCGGACGAGCUCCGCUACAUCGUCUACCGCUCUGCGUUUAACCAGGUGAUCUCACGAGCGACAGCCUAUAAGAGACUCCUACUGACCAUUAAAACGGGCUACGAUGAUGUCAUCAGGGAGCUGCAGAGGAGGGAGGACGAGGUGAGGACAGCUCAGCGAACUUUGGCGGCAUUGAAGUCACACCCGCAGUCACUGAUGGCCUGCCAGAGACGAGCCAGCCAGCUGAGGGAGAGGAUCUCCGUCCUUCUGAGGGAAACAUCAGAUGUCCAGGAGGAGAUGAAGAAACAGAAGUCAUGUAGAAAGCAGAGCACAUGGAUACCUGGUGUCACUGUGUCUGAUUCAGAGGAUGAUGAUGCUUUGGACCGACACCUGAAACACCUUGAAGCUCAGAGAGAUGCUCUGAUGGACAAGAAGAGUCACUGCGUCUCUCUUGAGUUCAAAGCUGAGCUGGACAGGAAGCUGCAGGAUGCCGAGCAGCACAGAGACGAGCUGAGCACCGAGAACCACCAGCUGAACGUCCUGAACGAGCGCCUGAGGUUCGUGUAUGAGCGUCUGUGCUGUGGUGAGGACGAGAAGCCGCUGGUUCCUCUGGAGGAACUCCUGAGAUCCACACUGGAGAACAUCAGACAGAUCAGCGUGACGACUGAUGACAUCCACAGCCUUGACACUGAGCUGUUUGAGGACGAUGAGCCGACUGGAGUCAACGUGUCUGACCUGCUGACACAUUACCUGGACAGGUUCAUCGAGCUCUUUGACUUGGCUCGGUAUAAAGAGGCCGCUCUGAUCGCUGCCAGAUGUCCUCAAGGAGUCCUGAGGAACCUCGACACCCGCGACAUGUUCGGAGGUGUGAAGGGGCCCCCGGGCUCCGUCCACCCUCUCCUGCUCUUCUUCCAGGCCCUGCUGAUGACCGUCCCAGUCGAUGACAAGCUGUCAGCUGAUCUCUCCCUGCAGCUCGUCAGAUGUUUCCUGCAGCAUGGGGCCACGCAGCUCGUUAGCCACGCUGUCACCCACAACAAACUCACCUUCACUGAGCAGCUUGGCGACGCCCUCACUGAGCAUGCUCAGAAGAACAGCGGGGUGGCCGACUUAUGUGUGACGUUGGCCACCAUAGCGUACGAGGCCUGCAGGCUGGACAGGAAAACUGCACUGAGCAUGUGCAGGAGAGGCCUGAUCCACAGCGCUGCCGAGUUCAUGAAGCACAGCAGGGACCUCACAGCUGAGGACUGUAUAUGGGUCCUUCGUCACUCUCCCAGCCUCACCCUCCUCCAGCUUUUGACGGAACCUCAACAGGGACUGGCAGCCAUCUUGUCAGUGGGUGUGGCCUGCUCCACUCUGCUGUCAGAGCCUCAGCAGCAGGAGUUAGCUCUGCAGCUCCUUGACAGCUUUAUGAGCAGAGGACGAGGUGAACACACACGAGCCAACCAGUGGGCCAGUAACACAACAUCACCAGACUCCCUUAACAAAUGGGUUUUGGAGGAGGUGAUUCUGGAGGACAGCAUGUCUUCAGUGGACAUUUGGACCGAUGUGGCGUCUCUGUGCUCUGAUCUGAACCGGGACGAUCUGAGCCAGGCUGUCCUGUCCAUCCUGCUGGACCAGAGCGGGACUAGAGUCUUGUCUCCAGACCUGGAGGGAGCCCGGCUCGUGGAGCACGUCUUCCUGUGAAAUCUGAACCUGCAUUUAAAAACACACUGCUGAGCUCUGGUUGUUGAUGACCUGUUCAACAACCAAAAUUACUUUCAGGACUCCCAAUGUGUCCCCCUAUUUUAAUAUCAGGCUCUCUACCACUCAAAUAUCAAAUCCUAAGACCUUUUAAGUAUGUUCACUUCUGCCCCUUAUUCAGUAAAAACUAUUCAUCUGUGACGGUCCUCAUCAUCUAUCAUCUGUCAUGAUCACAAUAGUGUGAUCCCUUUGUUCUGCAGGCAAACAUAACCUCUGCCUAAUGACAGUGAGAUGACUCAGGAGGUGUUCCAGCAGUGGCAGCUGACUGCCAGCUGGUGGUGAACACACUUACACAGAUCAAACACACACAUCAAACAAUUCUUACUGUAAAAAUCAUAAUAACAGAAGAUUAAUAAAUUAAUCAGAUGUCACAAAAA